UGUGAGUGUGUCUGUGUGUGAGUGGAUGCAUGUGUGUCUUCUGGAUUUGCGGACAUGCUAUUUAGUGUGUCACAAAGAAGACAAUGAGAAACCUCUUAUUGUCCUGGUGGAAUGUGGCAGGAGAAGACAACGGGGGGAGUAUAUCAUCUGCCCGAGUGCUUGGCACCAGUGUCCAGUCCGCUUGCACCGUGACACACCACAAAAUAAGAGAGACAGGUAAACAAAACAAUAGAGAAAAGUAAGAGACAUAUGAGAGCAAAUAGUACUGUACCAUAGCCAAAAAAUAAGAGUUUGAGGAUGGUGUGUACGUUUGUCUUUUAGAACUAAAAUGUAGCUUUCAAGACCUUAUGCUAGACAGACAAGCACCUGCUGUUCAGAAUACAUGAUGAUCACGUGGAAAUUUCAUGGUGUUACAAUCUCAAAAUCCAGUAACAGUCUAUGGGCCAGAAUCAAGGAGUGGAUGCAUGUGAGACAUGCACAACUGAUACAAGUGUUGUGACAGCACACUGCUGGACAGCUGCAGCAGAGGAGAAACCCUAGAGAUGGAGUUGCUCCCCCUGAGUGUCCUGAGCCCUGGAGCUCCUCUUCAUCUGCAGGUAGACCCUUCGUGGCUACAGCGUCAAGCCGUGGAGGAUCAGGUAGAGCUGUGGUGGUUCAGCGAGCCGCAUGUCUCUAUCUUGUGCUACUGCUUUUCAGUGGCCAUGGUACUGGGCCUGGGCUCAGCUGGCGUGGGGUUCCUCUCGGCUGCCUCCUCCGCUGUGGGGCUCUCUGCACUGUGGCGCUUGGGUGUUGGUUCAACGCUCUGUCUCCUGGCACUGGUGGUUCUCCUGAAGCAGCUGCUUAGCUCGGCUGUACAAGACAUGGGCUGCAUACGAAGCCGAAGGCGCAUCGAGCAGCUGCGGACUGGAGGAACUGCGGAUCCCGUGCUGUUGCUCUUUACUGGCUUGGCUCUGGUAGUCUGUGGGACCACACUGCUCAGUCUCACUCAGUCUGACAUGCUUCUUUCUGGGGUAAUACUCCUGGCCACCGGGAGCGCUGUGGUGCUGGGUGUGAUGGUGUAUGGAGUGGUGGUUCAUGUGCAGGGAAGGAGAAACACAAGAAGGCGAAGACGGCGGCAAAGGGUACGAGUAUAUACAGUGACGGGGCAAAGGAACAGACCAUGGAGAGAUUCAAACUCCAGUCAGUCAAAUUUGUUAUGAAAGGAGAAUCGAAAAGAGGGGAAGAAGAAGUGCAAGAAUGGUGCAAGUGAAAGUUAGGAGUGGGAGUUCUGGCAGUUCUCUUUCAAAUUUAUCAGUUGAAGGAAGGUGGUGAGAAAUGCAAGUCUGAGCAACAUGAUCACACGAUCAGCAUGUUGUUUACUAGAGUUCCAGUACCCUAGGAUCGGCCACAUUAUGCUGACUCACUGCAAAGUGCUAUCACCUAUUAGGCAUUUUCGCAUCGACUCCAGUGUAUUUACAGUAUUUUCCCUUCUGUUGCGACUGAAAGCAGGUUACGUCAGCUGCAUUGGAGACCCAGAUUUGGAUCUUCAUUGAAACCAAGAAGUAAUCGCGUUCACAUAUCCAGUGGCAAGCGUCAUUUGGAGGUUGCAUUUUUUCCCUCUAACAUUACAUUUUCACUCCACUGAUGGUUAGGUUUAGUUUUGGGGUUUGGGUUGAGAGGAACAGUUUAGCAUGCUUUCUGCUUCACUGUAGUACAGUCUGUACAGCUGAAAACACCAUGCUUCACAACUCGCUUUUUGGCACUCCUCUGACGCAGCAGACUCCAAAUGUAUGACAAGUUGUAAUAAUGGUAAUAAUAGAUGGCUAAGUUAUAGAAAAAAAAUCUUUCAAGGUGGUUUACUCCCACAGAUAAUAAUAAACUUACCAAUGAACAAUUUUAUUACGAUUUGUCCUAUGUUUAACCCCGAACCCCAAACCUAAACUUAAAACUAACCAUAAAAUCUAACCCCUUACACAAACCCUAAACCUUAUUGUGAUUUAAUAUGAAAAUAACUUUUGAGUACCACGAAAGAAAGAAAACAUCAGGGUUUGGAACGAGAUGAGGGAAGCGUGAUACAGAUUAUUGUCAUACUUCAAUCAUUUGCAUUGCAUAAGUAAUAAAUACUGUAUGGGAUGACCAAACAAAUGUGUUCACUGACAUUUCCUUUCUUAAAAUAAAUGUUGGAUGGGAGGCUAGGUAAAAUUCGAUGCCUGUAUUGUAUCCAUUUGAAAUUCUGUUUGUUGUUUGGUUGGUCUCUAAUUGGAAAAAGAGUAGUUGCCAAGUUCACUUCUCCAGGUUUUCCCAGUUGACAAGUCACAUGGUUACGAUUUCGCCAUCUCGCACAAAUUAUUACGAGUUGUUAUGAUUCUUAACAUAAACAAUACAUAACAAAGAGGUUUGUGGU